GCCAAGAAGUUGGAGAGUCGCAAGGGAAGUCCCGCGACCCUUGACCCCUCCUGUCUGCAGUGGACUCCCAAAACCUAUCCCAUGUACACCUAGAGACUGCACCGACUAACCACAGUCAUGCAUAGCUACACGUUUUUGUACAUUAGUCAUGAACCCAUGUGUUUGCGCCGUUUGUGACACGCAUGCGCAUAUGGAGGGGAACACAAAAUGCCACGCCCAAUGCUGGGAGGACUGGACCUCUAGCGAAGGUGGCGACCUGUGACCACGCGAAGAGACAACGUCGACUCGCCUUGUCGUCGCAAGAAAAUUACUUUGUAAGGCGUUCCUGAGCGGUUUUUAGCCCUGUGUUAUCAGCUAUAGAUUGGGCAACCUGUUCACGAUGGCGGGCAGCGGAGAGCCCGUGGAGAUCACCGCACUGAACUCUACCCUUGGUCUCGUAACUGCGGCCGUAACGGUGGCAGGACCUCCGCAAUGGUUUGCCAACUGCCUCGUGGAAAAGACGUUCAUUACUCAGCGAGACGCUCAGGACAUACUCGGUACACCUGGAGUGCCUCCUUCUCGACAAGCCGGCCUGCUGUUGGACAGUGUUUUUACGAAAAUACGAGCGUCAGAUGAGAGAAGACGCUGGUUUAUUACAUUUGUUGGCAUAUUCUCUCGUGACCUGGCAUAUAAGGACCUGGUGGAGAAGUUAAUGGAGAGAGUUGAAGCAGAUUCUCCCCAGAACCAAGGGGAAGAUGGAAGUUCUCCGCGGCACCAAGGGGAGGAGGGACGUUCUUCCCAGCACCAAGGGGAGGAGGGACGUUCUUCCCAGCACCAAUGGGAGGAGGGACGUUCUCCCCAGCACCAAGGGGAGGAGGGACGUUCUCCCCAGCACCAAGGGGAGGAGGGACGUUCUCCCGGCACCAAGGGGAGGAGGGACGUUCUCCGGCACCAAGGGGAGGAGGGACGUUCUUCCCGGCACCAAGGGGAGGAGACGUCUUCCCUGGCACCAAGGGAGAGUCGGACGUUCUCCACGCACAAGGGGAGAGGGAAGUUCUCCACGGAACUAAGGGGUAGGAGGGACGUCUCUUCCAGCACCAAGGAGCGUGAGGGACGUUCUACCAGCACCAGGGGAGGAGGACGUUCUGCCAGCACCAAGGGAGGAGGGACGCAUCUUCCCAGACCACCAAGGGAGAGGAGAGACGUUUCAUCACCAGCACAAGGGAGGAGGAGUUUAUUUUCCACGCACCAAGGGGAGGAGGGACGUUCUUCCCAGCACCAAGGGGAGGAGGGACGUUCUUCCCAGCACCAAGGGGAGGAAGGACGUUCUCCCCAGCACCAAGAGGACGCUUCUCCGCAGAGAGUAGUACCAAGCAGUGCUACAGUACAAGGAUCAACUGGCAAGGAGUCUGGCGGAUGGACCAGACAAUUCCUGCUCACUCUGUACAAUCUCAGAGGCUGGCUGGGUCUAGGAGCUGAUAUCGGUGCCUCUGAGUUAAUUGAUGUGGCUCUGACCAGGAUCAGCUCCAAUGUCUCUGACUACGAGGUCUUCAUUAGAAUGCUGCCUGACACUGGCGCCGUGAAACCUAUUGUGGAUGAUAUCAUAGACUAUUCAUUUAGCUCUCCAGAUGAAGGUGGUAAAGGUCAGGAAACCUCUGAGAUAGGAAACGACACAGUUGAGCUAUGUGUUAUCAUUCCUCUUGCGGUGUCGGACAAAUAUGACUCCUUUGGCAAGUUUCUCCUUAAUGAUGAAACCGGAGAUAAAAUGGCCGAAAUUAAAAAGAAAUGUGGGAGAAAAGCAAUGGAUAUCACCCUGGAGAUCCUAAGACAGUGGAUGGAUAACUCAGAGAAUGUGACAUGGAAGAGUAUUAUCUCAGCACUAAGAAAGUGUAACCUGUCAAGUGUGGCUGACCAGAUUGAGAUGGCCUGUGAGAUGGCCCGAAAAUCGAAGGAACUUUUUGAGGAGGCAAUGAAGAAAGGCUAUGUGGUGGUGAAGCUGGUGAAGGUGAUAGUAGUGGGUCCUGCAGGUGUUGGUAAAACCUGCCUCAUCUACCUCCUCCUUGGUAAAGACCCACCAGACAAGAGACACAGCACCGGCUGUGCUGAACGAUCAAUACGAGUAAUACGUAUAAGCAAAGAAGGGGAGGAGUGGAGCGAGGUAUCCAAUGAUGAAUUCGAGAAGAUUAUUGCUGAGGCAGUUCCCUUGCUGUGUGAGGAAUUAAAGGGAAAUAAAGUAACUAAACCAGAGCAGGAUAAAUGUUUCUCGCCCAUAAAAGGAGUCGGUGAAGGUGUUAUGAAUGUAGGGACUGGGGCGAAGACAAAAGAGAAAUCAAGUGGUAAAAAUAUUAGCAGCACAGAGACAAUAAAAGAUGCAGCUGCUAAUGCUAUGGGUGAGAAUGGCAGUAUUGAGGAAAUUAGGGGAGGAUCUAGCAAGACUAGUGUUGAUGAAAGUGGCACGGAAGGUUUAGCCGUACCUUUUCAGCAGAAGAUGCAAAAAGUGGUCUCUGAAGAUGUUAUGAAGCGCUUCACACAAUUGGUAAGUGGAUCAGACACAUCACGUCGUCUACUAGACAUGGAGCUGAUCUACCUGACCGACUGUGGAGGACAGCAAGCCUACUGGGACCUUGUUCCCAUCUUCAUGCGUGACACCUCGGCCACACUCUUUGUCCACCGACUGUGUGAGAAACUUGAUGAACACCCUCUCAACGAUCUCUACCAGAAUGAUGAGAGAGUUGGACCAGAAGAGAGAGCUAGACUCACCACUGCACAGGCCUUCAAGACAAUGCUUCAAGGACUAUGUGAUGAAGGGAAACGCUCUAAGAUAAUCACAGUUGGCACCCACAAGGAUUUAGCCAGUGACUGUGAAGAAAGUCCUUCUCAGAAAAAUGAAAAAUUUGUUGAAAUUUCAUCACAACACUUUUCCAACAAUAUUGUCUACCGAAAUGAAGGGUUGAAAGAAGUAGUAUUUCAAGUCAAUACAAGAGAUCAUAGUGCUGAUGACCGUAAAGAAGUGAAUAAGAUCAAAACUAGCAUUGAAGAGUCAGCAAAAGAGGUGAAGAUACCAAUCUGGUGGUUCAUCCUCCAACAGAUUCUAGAGCAACUGUCAGAUAGGCUGAAAAGAUGCGUGUUCAGUAAAACUGAAUGUAAACGUGUCUCUCGCACCCUGGGAUUUUCAGAGGAAGAACUUGAUGCUGCUCUAGAUUUCUAUGACAAGUUAAACAUUUUUGUCUACAAGAAAGACAUUCUUCGCAAUGUUGUGUUCACUGAUGCAAAAGUUCCACUGGACAAACUUUCAGAACUGGUGGAAAAGCAGUACCACUUGAAAGCUGCAGAAGCUGAUCCUGCCAAAGCUGCUGAUGAGGCUAUAACAGGAGAUUGGAUAAAGUUCAGAGAUAAUGGCAUUCUCAUUCCUAAUUUUCUAACCAAGUUCCCGAACCACUAUGUGGAUGAAAUAUUCACGCGCCGUGAUUUAUUGGUACUGCUUGAAAAGCUUCUUAUAAUUUCCAAGUCGUCAGAGGGUGAAUAUUUUUUUCCAGCAAUCCUUAAUAUGACAGAGGACGUGAGAAUUUCCCUCAAUGCUUGCCAAGUAGCACCUCUAGUGGUGGAGUUCCCCACAGGCUGGGCUCCUCCUGGUGUCUUCUGCUGCAGUGUGUGCCACCUUCAGACACAGGCUGGCUGGAAAAUCAAAAAGCCAACGAAAUGUGACACCGAAUCAUCAGAAACACCAGUCAACUAUAUCUCACGUAAUUCUAUCACGUUCACAAAGCGUGGCAGGCUUGGCUCAGUGACAUUAAUCGACAACUUCUCAUUCUUUGCCAUCUGUGUAAAUGUUGAUAUCAGAAAGAUAAAUGGUGAAAAUUUAGUCAGACACUGCGAGGUUAUCAAGUCUGAGGUGUUUGAUGCGGUCAAAGCAGGUCUACGCAACACUCACCACAAAGACACUUCCCCAAAGCCUGCAUUUGUCUGCCCAGCUCACCAGAAUGUAGUUAGUAGCAGAGAGCUACAUGUGGCCCGCAUUGAUGACACAAUGAAGUACUUGAUAUGCGAUAAGGAUACAGAUAUAUCUUCUGAUCUCUCUCCACGUCAGACUGUGUGGCUUGGUGGACCAGGACCAGAGGUACCGCAACCCCAACUUGUUCUUCAGGAUGCUACCCAAAAAGCAGACAUUGGUGAAGUCAGUCUGUCAUCCAAUGAAACACACAUAGCCUCAGAGAGGCAGGAGUCUGACACAAGUACUACAAAGAGCAGUGGCAAAGUUUCAGGAAAUGUUGCCAUGGGAGACCUGAUGAAGCUAUCAACUUCUAAAGGGCGACACAUAAGGAUCUUGGAAAGAAGUGCAAUGAAAUACCGAGACAUUGGAACCAUCCUUCUCAAAGAUGACACUGGGGCAAUAGUCACGAGUAUACAACAAACUGCACUAGGUAAUCCAGUUGAGGCUGUCAGGAUGAUAUAUGAAAGAUGGAUACAAGAAAAUGAGGACCACUCAUGGAAGAAACUGGCCCUGUGUUUCAGAGAUGUUCAGCUGAACCCUCUUGCCAGAGAUAUUGAGCAACACUUUACACUUCCUUCUCCCACUCGGUCACAAGCUCACCCUUCUCACCAGAUCAUUGGAAAGGCAGACGAAACAGUCAGUGAGGAUGAUACAAAGAGGGGAGCACAAACUUCGAAAUCAUCAGGUUUAAAAAGGUCUGCCGGCAGUGCCACUGGGUCACCUUCAUCAACACGGGAAAAAAUACGCACAGCUACAAGUCUCAGUCAGGGUCUUGAGACUAAGUCUCCCACUCCCAAACCAAUAGGGACACAGUCUGCGAUGAAGGACACAGGGAGUGAGAGAGAUACAGCCUCCCUACUGCAGUCUGAGGGAGGUCGGAAAAGAAAGAGAGUAACACAACCUCCUAAUGAACCAACUCCAAAAAGGACCGAGAGAGGUGAGGGGAAACCCCUCUCCCACAUGCUGUCCCAAGAGAGGGAGGAAGGAGAGUUUCUUGGAGUGGGCGGAGCUAGACUCGAGGUCGUAGGUCGCCGUGAGGUUGGUGAGGAGGGCAGGCUGGAGGGAGGAGGGAGGACUCCAUCUCACCACUCCCUCCAACUCUCUGAUAUACUGCGGGAAGGGAGAGUACUGUUUGGGAUAAUAGGAGGAAUAAUAUUCAUAGCAUUUGGUUUCAAUUCAGUGGACCCUACUCCAGGAUUAUGGCAGAUGAAGGAACCGACACUUAAAGAGCUGUAUCACAUAAAAUACAUUGACACUCAAGGGAAGAAUAGACAUUUUCGUUUCAUCGAUUCGGCCCAAAAUGACUGUGAGGACCUCGGUAUUCAGUUGGACAUUGGUCCUGCCACAAUUAAGGGGUUUAGAAGCAUGUAUGAUAAACCUUCAGACAUUUGCAGAGAAAUUCUUUUGAGUUGGAUAAACAAAGGUGAAGAUGCCACCUGGGCUGGGUUAUUACGGGGUUUAGAUCGCGUACCAGCACUUGGAAGGGUUGCCAAACAACUCAGAGAAGCACUCAAUUCCAACUACAGAGAUGAACUAUGAAUCAUCAUGUAAAUCUCUUGUGUGCUGCAAUAUUAUCAUGAAGGUGGAGAUUGAUAUUUACCUGUUAGCAAUAAUAAUAUCCAUAAUUUUA